ACCUCCUCUGAUUUGUAUCACCGUGUAUCACAGUCGGUGUCUGUCACAACCAGCCAUGCCGAUCUCGACGGAUUCAUUUGGUAAAACAGCAGAUGGCAAGGAAGUCACAAGAUACACCUUCCAGAACAAAAACAACGUCACCGUGAGAGUCCUGGACUAUGGCGGCAUCAUCACUGACAUCAUCGUCCCCGACAGGGACGGCAAGAUGGAGGACGUCAACCUCGGCUUUGAUGACAUGGAAGGCUAUGCCGGGGGCAGAUUCAUGGGUGCUCUGAUCGGUCGGGUGGCUAACAGGAUCGCUGGUGGACAGUUCAGUCUUGAUGGCACUUCCUACUCCCUGUUUGUCAACAACGGACCCAACAGUUUGCAUGGAGGAAAGAGAGGAUUUGACAAGAGAUUCUGGGAGGCCAAGGUUGACGGAAACAGACUGAGCCUUAAAUACACCAGUCCUGACGGUGAGGAGAACUACCCAGGGGAGGUAACUCUGACAGUCACAUACGAACUGACUGAUGAGAAUGAGCUGAUCAUUGACUACACGGCAACAUCGACCAAGGCAACACCUGUCAACUUCACCAAUCAUGCUUACUUCAACCUGGGAGGCCAUGGCUCAGGGAAGGUUGAUGAUCACGUUGUACAACUCAAUUCAGAGUCUUUCCUACCUGUGGAUGACAACGCGAUUCCCACAGGUGAGAUCCGGAAAGUGGAGGGAACGGAAUGGGACCUGAGGUCCCCUGUACGUCUUGGGGACCGGCUUAGGCAGGUGCCCGGUGGGAAGGGGUUCGACCACAACUUCAAUCUGUCUGUGUCUGGAGAAAGGCGCUUAGCAGCAAGAGUGGAGCACCCGCCGAGUGGGAGGUGGAUGGAGUGCCACACCACCGAGCCAGGGGUGCAGUUCUACACCGGGUUCUUCAUUAAAGACCUGACAGGGAAAGGUGGUGCCAACUACUCCCAGUUUGGAGGAUUCUGUCUGGAGGCUCAGCACUACCCUGACAGCAUCAAUCAGCCAAGUUUCCCCAACACCGUACUACGUCCCGGGGAGAUAUACCGGCAGACGACAUCGUAUACGUUUGGAGUCAGCACCUGAGAAACGUGAACUUCGACCUUCCUUGUCGUAUUGCGAUCAACGAUGCUCCUACCACACUGAUACUGAAUACCUGGGUCUAUGAUAAUUCAAUAUUUGGUUGUUAUUUGGUCUUCUUGACCUCUGGAACCUGAUUCAACUGUUAUAUGUCCUAAUUCAAGCAGCAUGAAUUCUUUCUAUCGGCUGGGGCAAUGGACAAAGGUAUAGCUUUUACGAAUACUUCACAUAUAUAGACGCACCUCACUCGUCAAUAUGUCAACUAAUCGGCACAUCCUUCAAAAGUUACACAGUGGAAACCACUUCAGAAAAGAAGAACAAUUGUUAUAUUUACAUGCAAUGAAUUUUAAAAAUUUUAAAAACAUCUUGUAUAUCUUUAAUGACAUCGUCAACUGGCUUUUAUGAUAGUUAAGACUUUGUAGAUCCGACCAAAGCAUUACAAUUACAGUUAUUUUGGAUUG